CGCGGUAAAUAGGAGUGCGCAUUGCUUGUCCAUCAUACUUCUUGGUAAUUCCUCUCAUCAAACCUCUCCAGUGGGUGUGGAUUUUGCUACACUUCAAACUUUUUUUUGCGUUCCGAAAGAGGGAAAUCCGUUCCGUUCAUUUCCUCUUGCUGUUCACACAAGAACAACUCUGGGUGGGAGCGAAAAGUGACGCUGAUGACUGCUGUGUCGCGUAACGCAAGACGCGAAGAAAAUUAAGCCAUGGCAAAUGACGAAACGGAAGAAGGGGCCAAAUCUCCCAUAGAGGAAACUCAAACGGAGACCCCAGAUGAGGAAGAGGAGCAGGAACAGGAAAAAGCAAAACAGCAACCGCAACAAAAACGGUUUAGUUUCUAUGAUGCACAAGAAGUAGGAGGCAUCCUUGGUCUGAGUCGGUCAGAAUCACCCUCACCGCCAGUAGAGGAAAAACCAAACCCAAAUCGAUUCAACUUCUACGAUCCAAAGCUAAUCGCUGAAGCCGACGAAAAUGCACCCAACACACACUUAAAUUUCCAGGUCCAAUUGCAGUUGGAACGAGGAGAUACAAAGCAACAACAGAAGGAAAUCCUGACUGUUCCUGAAACCAGAGAUAAAGUCGAGGAUGACAACAUAGUAGAUAGCAACAUCGACGCAAAUACAGAUGAAAUAUUACGAUCGCUGCAAGAGACAGAAGAUCAACGCAAGCAGAUUCUCCAACCAGCGGCGUCGACAUUAUCAUCAUCUUUGGCGUCUUCGACACCACCCAUGGCUGCUACUAUUACCGGGGUUGAUAUUGCUGCAUCCACAGGUGUAGCAACAGCUCAUGCCACAACGACUACUGAUGAUUGCGGUAGCGCCAACCACAACCUCAACAUUGUCAAUACAAAUCCGUAUGAAGACUCGAUUCGAACGGCCCUUGAUUUGUUGAGAAAACACAAGGUAUCACCUCCAAAUUCUCCAAGCGUUGGCAACGUCAUUGAUGCGGUCGAACAAGUAGAUCGCUAUAGUGUCAAUAUGUCAGACCGAGACCGAACCCCAAAGGAACAUGAUCGCCUUCUGCAGCAUCGAAGCUACGACGAGGAUGAUAAUUGCGUCAAAGCAGUCGACUACGUUGUCCAAGAGGCAAAGUGGAAAUCCAAGCAGCACAAGGAAGUCAUCGCUAGGUACGCCAAUAAAUUGGAAGAAUUCAAAUCAGCCCUGUCGCCCGAGGAUCAGUUGCAGGUUCAGCUUUCCACAAGCUAUACACAGAGCUAUGACGAAGCCGAUGGUGGUGAUGAUAGAAAUGAAUCCCCCCCGUUGCUCCAAGAACAAAUGAGAGGCUCCGACGACGAUAAGGAUACUAGUGGCAGGCAAUCGCAGUCCCAGUCCCAGCUUCCAAACCACAUCCAUCGCCAUAUCAAGGCUUCUUUGACAGAGGAUUCCACGGGCCUUGUUUCGGAGCUUUCUCAGUACUCCCAUAGUAACUACCCACAACGAUCAUACCAAACAAAUUUGAAUUCGCCAUACCAGCAGCAAGCCAUUAUUGAAGAGCAAGUCCAAAAAGGAGUCGAAAAGGUACUGGUAGCCAUUCUCGAAGCCAAUAAAAACAGAAGUGUAGCUAGCGGAAAUUCUUCUUGCGAUGGCGGGAGUCAUUCCAAUGGGAUUGCAGCAAUUGACAACGUAUCAACCAAUUCUGGAGAUAACGCAAACGAUACCCUCCUUAAGGUCCUGCACGAACUUUUGCCUUCAAGUCGUAGUAUAGAUGGUACAAGCAUCAAUUCACACGACGGUGGUGUUGGAUUUUCGACGGCAACAAUCACGAGCAAACACUCUGCGUCGGUAAUGAGCCAAGGGUCAUCAUAUGCAAAUAUUCCGAGCCGAAAGUCCUCAGUAGUCGAUGAACUCUUGGCUGAAGUCGAAGACAACAAUGGCGAACAUGUUGAUAGUGCAACACGAGAAGGAAAGAUAUCGAAAUCGAAUAUCGGUCUAGAGACCAUUCCCCCAGGCUCUAAUGUAGCACGGUAUUGGAUGGAGGGUGACGAAAAGAAAAUGACAGAAGAUCGGGGGUACUCAGAUGAGCAAGAAGUAAUCGAAAUGGAACCAGACCCGAUUAUAUCCCCGACAUUCGAUGAAAGCGGAGAAGACAAUAAUCUCAAGGUCACAAAAAGUGCAGAUAUCGAUACGAGUAAUGAAGUCAGUGAUGCUGUUGAUGAUAGUUUGUUUGAAUCCGAAACAUCUGGUGAAUGCGUCUCAAGAUCAAGCGACAUGAGCGACGAAGGCGAUGAGUUGGAUACAACAUAUGACGAUCACGAUGGUAGUUAUGAAGAUGACGACGUUGAAAGCACACAUGGCGCUAGGGUUUUGGGUCCGUUGAGUCGAGAAGCUGGAGGUACUACCGGUGUCGUCUUGGAUUUGGAAUCGGACGAUUCACCGUCUUCAACGCAGGAUGAGAGACAAAUGGGUUAUUUCUCAUCUGUUGCAAAUCAAGGGUCUUCUAUGCUCAUGUCAGGGGGAGAGCAACAAAUUUUGGAUAAUAAAAGAAAAGAAGAAAUUCUUGCAAACUAUGAUGUCGUGGGCAGAACAACAAACAUUCAUGACGAAGAAGCAACUGAGUUGAUGAGAACUUUGUGUGCCCACCUCUUGCCAUUCGGGGUUGACCAACAUUCCGCAGGGGGACAAUCCAUACCGGUUUGGGACGAAAGCAAUCCGAACGAGCCGGGUUAUCGUAUCAUACGUCUAUCCAAGAGCCAACUCCGGAGGGUCGAGUGCGCAUUUGAUGCAAUGAUAACAAAACUGAAACACAAUUCACUUGAUGGUGUAGAAGCACAAUUUGAUCCAAACUUUCUACGAGAAUUGGAAGAAGCCGAACGCUUGCUGGACGACGAGGAUAACCAAAAUACUUCUCAUGUGAAUGCUGGAACCACCGUUGUCAAUGUCAUGGCAAAGGUACAGCAGCCGCCUCUUCUCGCGACAAACAAGAAUGAACCCGCAACAUGUCCCCCUCAUCCAGAGUUUCCUUGUGUCAAAAGUGCUGGCAAUGGAGAAAUGGGCGACCUUGAGUAUUUUCAGCUCCCCAUCAUCUUCAAGUCUCAUGUUACUGGAUUUGAGCCAACUAAGGAUAUGAAGUUGGAACCGGGGAACAUUAUUGCUGGGCAAUAUCUUGUAGAAUGUGAACUUGGAAGUGCUGCAUUUAGUACUGCCUAUAAGUGUGUCGAUUUUUCGUCGGAAGACAACGACGUUCGCGAAGAAGUUUGUUUGAAAGUCAUCAAAAACACUAAAGAUUUUUUUGACCAGUCGCUCGAUGAGAUAAAGAUACUGGAGCUUUUGCGACAAACUGGGCAAUGUGACGAGAAUUACAUUCUUCGAGUAAAGACAUUUUUUUAUUAUCGCGAGCAUUUGAUCAUCGUUACAGAGCUACUGCGGCGAAAUCUUUUCGAGUUCGGUAAAUCUAUCAUCGACAACGACGAAGAACCUUAUUUCACAUUACCGCGUCUGGCGUAUAUCACGCGACAGUGCCUGAUCGCUCUUCGGUUUGUUCAUAAUUUGGGAUUGGUCCAUUCCGAUGUGAAACCAGAAAACAUCCUGCUGGGAAGCUACAGUCGCGCUCAAAUCAAGCUAAUAGACUUUGGAAGUAGCUGCUACUUGACCGAUCGGCAGAGUUCGUACAUUCAAUCUCGAUCUUAUCGAGCUCCCGAGGUCGUCCUUGGACUUCCAUACGACGGAAAAAUUGAUGUGUGGUCUUUGGGUUGCGUGGUGGCAGAGAUGUAUACCGGUGAAGUCACGUUCCAAAACGACUCGAUUGUUUCGAUGCUGAGUCGAAUCGAGGCAUAUCGUGGAUCGUUUCCGAGACACAUGGUUGCCCAAGGGCGUCAAUCGAAUCGCUUCUUCACCAAGAGUGGUUUGCUCUAUGAGGUUGUAGGUGAUUCGGAUGACGAGGAAGGUGCAUCGGGCAACCGAAUUGCCCCAGCCCCCGACGACGAGUUAUCGGACUGUGACUCCGAAUCGGAACACACGGAAUUCGAUGUUUUCCAACCCAAGAGUACGCGACUCUCCUCGAGACUUGGUUUUGACGAGGACUUGAUGGAUGGCUAUGGCGACAAGAAUACGCCUAUAGAACGACACAUCGAACAAAUGUUCACCGAUUUCGUCGCAAGGCUUCUCACCAUCGACCCCGAUGGUCGGCCGACUGCAGAGGAGGCGUUGAAUCAUCCGUAUAUGGUGUAUGCGGCAUCUUUGACAGAUGACGAGAUCAAGUAUCCCAGCAGCUAAAUAUUUUAAUUACAUUUUAUAUUU